AUGAGGUCAUUGUUAUUAUAUGCCUCAAUAAUCCAGUUACUUUAGAGGAUAAUGAUCUGGAAUAUGGCAAUCUAAAAACGAAAGUGUAUAUAUAUUUUAUAUUAAUAGAGUUGGAAUGUAAGUUGCUAAAGAGUGUACAAAGCAUAGCUUGCUUGGCAAGAUGA